GCUUCGCCGGAGCCGCGGCUCGCCCUCCCACUCCGCCAGCCUCCGGGAGAGGAGCCGCGCCCGGCCGGCCCGGCCCCCAGCCCCAUGGACCUCCGAGCAGGGGACUCGUGGGGGAUGCUAGCUUGCCUGUGUACUGUCCUCUGGCACCUCCCUGCAGUGCCAGCCCUCAAUCGCACAGGGGACCCAGGGCCUGGCCCCUCCAUCCAGAAAACCUACGACCUCACCCGCUACCUGGAGCACCAACUCCGCAGCUUGGCUGGGACCUACCUGAACUACCUGGGCCCCCCUUUCAACGAGCCUGACUUCAACCCACCUCGGCUGGGGGCAGAGACCCUGCCCAGGGCCACCGUCAACCUGGAUGUGUGGCGAAGCCUCAACGACAAACUGCGGCUGACCCAGAACUAUGAGGCCUACAGCCACCUGCUGUGCUACUUGCGAGGCCUCAACCGCCAGGCGGCCACGGCCGAGCUGCGCCGCAGCCUGGCCCACUUCUGCACCAGCCUCCAGGGCCUGCUGGGCAGCAUCGCGGGGGUCAUGGCGGCUCUGGGCUACCCGCUGCCCCAGCCUCUGCCCGGCACUGAGCCCACCUGGGCCCCUGGCCCUGCCCACAGCGACUUCCUCCAGAAGAUGGACGACUUCUGGCUGCUAAAGGAGCUGCAGACCUGGCUGUGGCGCUCAGCCAAGGACUUCAACAGGCUCAAGAAGAAGAUGCAGCCUCCCGCGGCUGCAGUCACCCUGCACCUGGAGGCCCGUGGCUUCUGAUCUCUGACCUUCGCCACCUCCCCACUCCCCUGCUCCUUCAAACCCUGCGCCCGCUCGGGGAGGGAGAAACCUGUAUGCCAACACUCGUUGAGCCAGGAGACAGAAGCCAUGAGCCU